GUCUUCAACAAGAUACCACAUUACCACGGUGUCGGCGCGAGCAAAAUUACGUCAAAGGGCAUCAUGUUGGCUAUCAAACAGAGCGAUGGUACCCGAAAAAAUGUCAGCAUGGAUAUGCAAAUUUCUAAUGAAGGUGUAGCUUUUGCAAAACGAUAUCAACCAAUUUAUCUGAAAGAUGACCCAGACCAAAUGCUGUAUUUCGUUUUUGAUGUAUUGAGUGAUGAGGACGCAGUGAUGUUUUAUAUCUUACCAGACAAUUUUAACCCGUUCCAAUAUGACUCGUAUGGAUUGUAUGACGUAUAUGCUCGGAACGAUGAAUAUCCUUCAACUACAACGUUUGACUGGUCCUAUAGUAUGAACAUAAGAGACUGGGUAAAUGAUAAUGUUGGUUUCAAGAUAUUUAUUCCGGAGACAUUUCUCAAGGCAGGGAAGGUUUACAUAGCCUUAAAACCAAUUCCAGCACCACCAAUUCCAGAGAUCAGUAACAGGAUGAGAAGAAGACGGUCCGCAGAUGUCAAUCAAACAUUAACUAAUCUGACAACUGCAUCUAAUGCAUCGAAUAUAUUCGAACCUGCUGACGUUAACUUCACAACCGUCAUCGUAACAACUGGAUGUCGUACAUGGGACGAGGCGGGAGCGAGAUGGACAUCCAAAGGUUGCACGGUAUUGCCGUUUUCUACGAUGAACGAGACGGUUUGCCGAUGUGCGGACGAGACAGGGAAUUUAUUUGCAACCACAUUUUUUGUUCCUCCAAAUACUAUUGACUUUAGUGGGGUGUGGGCGAAGUUUGAUCCUGCGAAUGCAUCUGUAUAUGGAACAAUAGGGGGGAUUUUGAUCUGCUAUAUGUUGCUAUGCGUCUGGGCUCGGAGACACGACAAGAAAGACCUACUCAAGUGGACGACGCAUUUCUUAAGCGACACUGACAGGAAUGAUUCCUACUUUUAUAUUAUCAACGUAACCACGGGGUUACGGCGUGGAUCAGGCACCAAAUCCAAUGUCAGCUUCGCCGUAGCAGGAGAAGCCUCAGACUCUGGAGUAAGAAUUCUUAGCGAUGGAAAAUCACAGGGAUUUGAUCAUGCCUGCACCAAACGCUUUAUCAUGGGGACAACAGAAAAUCUAGGUGAUCUGAAUUACAUACGGAUUUGGCAUGAUAACUCGGGUACUGGUGCCAACCGUUCCUGGUAUCUCAGCAGAAUUACUAUAGACGAUCCACAAGUGCAUAAAAGAUAUGUGUUUCUUUGUGACAAAUGGUUUUCUUAUGACCACGAUGAUGGAAUGAUCGACAGAACUCUGCCUGCUUGCGGCCACGAAAAUCUAACGCAAUUCGGUGUCCUGUUCUACCAACGCGCAAUACAAGGCAUUACAGAAGAUCACUUAUGGCUUUCAGCAUUGAUGAGACCGGAACGAAGCAGCUUCACGCGAGUGCAAAGAAUAUCCUGUAUAAUUAUGUUAUUGUUUCUAACAAUGAUAACCAAUGCCAUGUUCUUCUCGCCUAAUGAAACCGAGAAGACCGGAGCGGUGUCGAUUGGGAGCAUGACGUUUUCCUUGAAGACUGUUUAUGUAUCAGUUGUCGGUACUCUUAUCACAACAGUUCCGGUGGUACUUGUGGCUUUGCUGUUUUCUAACUCCGAAACAAGGCCAUGCAGAAGAAGAAAAUCCAGAACAAGCGAUGAUGUUUCUGACGACGUAUUCUUCACAAAUGAUCAUCUGAUUCUGCCUUCAUUCAUACCUUACAUCGCUUGGAUUAUCGUUUUUCUAGCCAUCACAGCUUCUUCGUUUUUCUUGCUACUGUACAGUAUGGAAUGGGGAAAGGCUGCAUCAGAGGCAUGGCUCACUUCAUUUGUCCUGUCAUUCUUUGAGUCGUUUUUGUUCGUCGAUCCUCUAAAGGUUGUGUUCGUGGCGGCAAUAUUUGCAUUUAUUUGUAGACGACCUUUCGACAGUCAAACAUCAAACGUCAAUUUAGAUGAAGUGAAGAGAGUGUCAAGGACGUUCAUCGGGAACUCCAUGAGAACCUAUUUAUCCUUCCGUCAGGAUGUACUGAGCGAGAAAGAUGAAGAUGCUGAAAAUGCUGUAGCAAGGGCACGUGAACAACGCCUGAAGGAGCAGCGAGCUAUGAUGGUAUUCAUAGAGCUUCUCUUCUACGCUGUGUUUGCCUUCAUAGUCUAUAGCAUUAGCUAUGUAAAUCGGGACCAAAGAUCAUUUGCACUCAAGGAUAAUAUCUAUCGUGGCCUCAACGACUCUUAUGGCCAAUUUGGUUAUGGCAAGAUAAGCGAUGCCGCUGGUUUCAUUACAUGGCUGAAUGGGACCUUUUUUGAGAAAUAUUUUCCCGAAACCGACUACAACGGAGAUCCGCUCGAUGUAAGGGAUAGCUUUUUCUUCUCGGGUCUAGACAAUGCAAAAAUUGGUCCACCACGGCUACGGCAAGUUCGAAUGAAAAGAGGAAAAUGUCCUUACGCGAGACUUAUUGAGAAUCGUGACUGCAUUCCCGGUUACAAUAUGUACGAAGAAGACGAGCAAUCCUACUGUGUCGGUUGGAAUGGUGACACGUCCCCGGUGUGUAGUAGUCCCAACUUCUAUUCGAUGGAUGCGUGGCGGUACCAACGGUCCGAGGACAUCUGGGGCACACCUAUAACAGGCGAAUAUGAAACCUAUGGAGGGGGAGGUUACAUCCUAAAACUUGAGAAUGGUCUGCAGAACUCAAGAUACAUAGUACAGGAACUUGUGAAAUACCAUUGGAUCAACAGAGCAACAAGAGCAGUUUUCUUGGAGUUCACGCUUUAUAAUGCAAAUACAAAUCUCUUCUUGUAUUUGAUAUUCUUGACGGAGUUUACAGAAAAUGGUGGUCUUUUGACAUGGGUAGAUGUAUAUCCCUUCCGGCCUUACCAGCAUACAGGAGCACUUGGAGCAUAUGCUAUGUUCUGCUACUUAAUAUACCUUAUUGUUUUGAUUUAUGGGACUGUAGAGGUUGUUAAGAAAAUCAUCAAACAGCGAUUUCGAUUUAUCACAGAUUUAUGGAAUAUGACGGAUCUCUCUUGUGUCAUUUUGAGCUACAUUGGUGUUAUCUUGUGGUGCCUACGAUUUGUUUAUGCCUCACAAUCCAUGGCAAUUUACUAUGAAGAUAAAGAUGCAUUCAUCAAUUUCCAGCAUGUUGUAGUAUGGGACGUGACGUUCAACGUUAUCAUUGGCAUCAUUGUCUUCGUAGCAACAAUACGACUUCUUCGUAUGAUGGGAUAUAAUAGGCGGAUGACACAGUUAGCAAGCGUUAUAUCAAAUGCUUCAUCUGACUUGAGUGGAUUCGCUCUUAUUUUUGGAAUUGGAUUUUUUGGAUGGGUUUUGCUUGGUUAUUUCUUGUUCGGAUCAACAAUGCGUGAAUACAGAAGUGUAUUUACGACAUGGGGCAGCCUUAGUAAUUCCCUUAUAGGAAAAAACAAACUGGAUGCUAUGACACGUGCAGCUCCGAACUUUGCCAAUUUUUAUUUCUUCACAUACGUGAUCUUCAUCAUGCUAAUUCUUAUGACGGUUUUUUCUGCAAUCUUGAAUCAGAGCAUCACCACUGUGAGAUCAGACAUCAACAAACAACCCGACGCGUACGGCAUAAUGAAUAUAUUGCUAAAGUACAUCAGUGGACUUCGGAACUUAAUCUACAGUGGUAGAAAUGAAGAUAUGAUACACUCCGAUAGAAGGCACAUUUACAACCCUGCCAGCGGUCACCCUCGUCCUAAAAUGGAUACUACAAAUAUUAUGAGGACAGUCAGAGACAUAUUUGGCAAUAGAUGGGAUGACGAGGAAAGCAACGAACCGGUGCAAUCCUUUGAUGAUAUUUGCUUAGACGUUCCGGUACAGGACACUUAUCAAGUUGGCUCCCAUGGCUUCAACAUAUAUUGUCAGGAAGAGAAGACAAGUGAAAUGGACGAAUACAUUGACGCGCUUGUAUUUGGUAAACUACCGUUAGAGAAGAGGGAAACGUUCCCUCUUAAAACUAAGAACACUGAACCCUUACCAAUGUCAUUUUUGUAACUUACUUUCUCAACGCCUACUAUCAAACGUGAAUCACUUGCAACCUUACUUGUUGUAGUUUGUGUGAUUUAAUGCGUAUUUGAAUAAGAUGUUUCUAUUUACAUUAACAUAUUCAAAUGGAUCACAUGUGCAUUAUCUGGAGGAAUAGGAACAAUAAUGGAUGACACGAAAGACUGAUGGUUUUUCACGAUUACUUGAAUUAUACAAUUGAUGUUUGUUCAGCAAAUAAUAUCUAUAUACGUACCAUUUGGGUGCAUUUUCGUCUGUGAUACUUAAUACUUAAUUCAUGUUCGUUUUGCAUUUUUUCUUUGUUGUCAGUUUUAUUAAACAAUUGGUUAAAAAAAUGA